ACGCUAGUGACUUAGUCCGCCCAGAACAGAACAGAGAGAGAAAGAGGUCGACUAUUUCUCACCUCCCAAUCUCAAACUCCUUCCCUGCCUAACCUCUGUGUGUACUUUCCUCUGUUAUCCGCCAACAAUAUCUCGAGCAGCCAGCUUCCUCCCUCCUUCGCUCCACUUGAAAGAAACUAGUUUGACUUUCCAUGUUGAAUUGUUCAAAAAGCAGCCCAGAGACUGUCUCCGUGCUUCUUUUUUGCGGGCCAAGAUCUUUGGGUUAUUUAUUUAUUUUUUCUCUUAUAGCUGCUAUUGGAUUUUGGUUUCUUUGCAGUUCGUUCAUUUUGGGAACCUGGGUUAUGUUAGUUAUAUUCGGUAUUGACAGAAUAUAUUAUUCGAUUUUUUGAUCAAGGGAUCAGAUCAUCGGUCAUUGUGACUGCUACUGAAUUUGGAGUUACAAUUGAUUUUAUUUGUCUGAGCUAAUUCAGGCUUUUUAUGCAGUCUUGGGGGCAAGCUUAUGUUGGUUAUAUAGUCGAUUUAACUGGAGCAUGGCAUCGGGUUCUUGAUCAAAACCUCAGAUCUCCUUUUUUUUUUUCGGGAUAACCAAGAAAAUUAGAUCUUGAUGCUGGAGUUAGAGGGUGUGUCAAGUAGAUACUGAAGAGUAUAACACUGGUAGAAAUACUGAAUCCUGAUGGGCAAUACUUGCGUUGGGCCAAGCAUUUCAAAAAAUAGUUUCUUUCAAUCUGUUUCUGCUGCAGUGUGGCGGUCUCGAUUGUCCGGUGACAAUGCUUCUACCACUAAUGGAGAAAGUGUCCACGAGACACCAUCUGCAGCCAAAGAGCCAGAAUUGACCUUUCCGGUGCAGAGUAAGCCACCUGAACAAAUGACAAUGCCGAAAGAGGAACCGAAUCAGGAGUCCCCGGCAAAACCCAAGAAGACCCCUCACAUGAAGAGGGUGUCCAGUGCAGGGCUUCGCACGGAUUCAGUUUUGCACACAAAAACUGGCAAUUUGAAGGAGUUCUAUACGUUGGGGAAGAAACUAGGGCAGGGUCAAUUUGGGACAACUUUCCUCUGUGUGGAGAAAGCCACCGGAAAAGAGUAUGCCUGCAAAUCCAUGGCUAAGAGGAAGUUGUUGACCGAAGAGGAUGUGGAGGAUGUGAGAAGGGAAAUUCAGAUAAUGCAUCAUUUGGCAGGGCAUCAAAAUGUCAUAUCAAUCUACGGUGCUUAUGAGGAUGCCAUGGCGGUUCAUGUUGUUAUGGAGUUAUGUGAAGGGGGUGAGCUUUUUGACAGGAUUAUUCAGCGUGGGCACUAUACAGAAAGAAAGGCAGCUGAGCUUACUAGGACAAUAGUUGGGGUAGUGGAAGCCUGUCAUUCUCUAGGGGUUAUGCAUCGUGACCUAAAGCCAGAGAAUUUCCUCUUUGUUGAUCAGAAAGAGGAUUCACUUCUCAAAACGAUUGACUUUGGAUUAUCAAUAUUUUUCAAGCCAGGUGAAAAAUUUAAUGAUGUGGUUGGUAGCCCAUACUAUGUGGCUCCAGAAGUAUUGCGAAAGCGGUAUGGUCCUGAAGCAGAUGUCUGGAGUGCUGGGGUAAUUGUAUACAUUCUCCUUAGUGGAGUUCCUCCUUUCUGGGCUGAGACCGAGCAAGGAAUAUUUGAACAGGUCCUGCAUGGUGAUCUUGACUUCACAACUGAUCCUUGGCCCAGUAUUUCCGAAGGUGCAAAAGAUUUAGUGAGGAGAAUGCUUAUUCGAGACCCGAGAAGGCGGUUGACUGCGCACGAAGUUUUACGCCACCCUUGGGUUCAAGUUGAUGGUGUGGCUCCUGACAAGCCUCUUGAUUCUGCAGUUCUAAGUCGCAUGAAACAGUUUUCUGCCAUGAACAAGCUCAAGAGAAUGGCUCUCAGGGUUAUUGCAGAAAACUUAUCUGAAGAAGAAAUUGCUGGCCUGAAAGAAAUGUUCAAGAUGAUAGACUCAGACAACAGUGGUCAAAUCACUUUCGAUGAACUCAAGGCUGGCCUGAAAAGAGUUGGUGCUACUCUUAAGGACUCUGAAAUUUAUGAUCUAAUGCAAGCAGCAGAUGUGGAUAACAGUGGUACAAUUGAUUACGGAGAGUUCAUUGCUGCUACAUUGCAUCUGAACAAAGUUCAGAGGGAAGAUCAUCUGUUUGCAGCAUUUUCCUACUUUGAUAAGGAUGGAAGUGGUUAUAUCACCCCAGAGGAGCUCCAGCAAGCCUGUGAGGAGUUUGGCAUAGGGGAUGUCCGCUUGGAAGAAAUGAUAAGAGAAGUUGACCAGGACAAUGACGGGCUCAUAGAUUACAACGAAUUUGUAGCCAUGAUGCAAAAAGGAAAUGUGGUUGGGGUUGGAAAGAAGGGCCUAGAGAACAGUUUCAGCAUUGGGUUUAGAGAGGCACUGAAACUAUAGCAUCCUUGUCCUUUUUCCUUCGAGUAAGUACAUCCGCGAAGUUCAAAGCAUGUGGUGUACCAGUUCACCCAAGAGGCAGCCAUGACAGUACAAAGUCCUUGUUCAUUCAGAUUUUCCUAUUUUAAAUUUUCUGGUGACUGACUUCUCCGUUACCUUAUAUAAGUUGUCAAGGAAAAUAACUUAUUUAUUUCUUCUUAUCUUUCUUUCUUCAUUUUUUUUAAGUUACUAUGAAAUGCUAGGAACCAAAGUUUUAUCUUUUUUCUUU